CCACUUCACACUAAUGCAUUUGAGAGUCUGAAUUCAGAGAACAAUUUUGAGCAUGUUGCGGCACGGAUGCGGCACUGGGUGCGGCAGACAUGUCCCUGGUGCAGCUAAAUGAAUUAUCAAUUGGCUGAACUGUGCUACAUAUGCACAUGCUUGCACUGUCGUAGUUUCGAAGCGCAAGAAAAACUUACUCCAGGAGCCAGCCCAAAAUAUCCUCAUUGAACGUCGCUCGUCAGGACCUGACGUGAACUCAGUUCCUACUCCCGAAGAGCAAGAAAACACGAUGCUCCAGGCUGCCUGGCUUGACCUCCAACUCAGAUAUGAUCUGACCUCGAUGGAUAUAGACGUCGACUUGGAGUGUCUUGGCGUACUGGAACAGCAGAUGUUCGAGCUCUCGUUGGCUGCAGGAGCUGCAGGAAAUGAACAAUGGGGAAAAGAUGCUGGUGCACACCAAGACCGAUGGAAUCCCUAUGAGGGAUUCCCUGAGCACUGGAAUCAUGGCGACUGAGAUUCAUACGCACCAGAAUUUGAAGGAGAAGUAGACGUGCGUCAUCAUCGCUUUUCAUCACAGAUCAGUCUGACAUGGUUUGACUAAUAGUGUGGACCGAACUUCAGCGAGGGAAGUGAGCUUGACAUAGUUAAGAAAGAGAAACACACCAAAAAAACCAAACCGCGGCCACGACCAAGGAAGAUACACAAGGCUUCAUAGGCUGGGGCCUCGUAGUAGUAGUUUGUACUCUGAAAGCCCCGGUAUCCGUU